GUAACCUACAUAUUUUUAAAAACAUUUUUUCUUUUAUCAUAGUUUUCAUACGCCAUUUUAUGGCGGAAGUAAAGUUUAUUAUUAAAUCUAAGGACCAUACCUGUACUCUCUGUACCUGUGUUCCACUGUGGUUUUUCUAAAGGUCAAAGAAACUUAGAAAGAAUGAACCUCUUUUGUGAAAGAGAUAGUUGAAGAAUCUAUAAAUUCUGAAGUAGUAUUUUACAAGUCCUGCUAAAUCAUCUUGAAGACUUUAAUAAUAGUAAGAAUCAUGCUAAAGUCAUUUGUUUUAGUCAUCAGCAUUAGUUGUUUGUUUCAUCAGGUGUUUAGCCAAUCUGCAAGUUGUCCUUCAGAAAAUGGGUGGCUAUUUUUUAGCAAUAAGUGUUACAAGUAUACUGCAUUUCCUCGUCUUGACCAACCAGCAGCUAGUGCGUACUGUGCUGAUAAUGGAGCUACUCUCUUGAGUGUUAACUCUCUGGAAGAACAUAAUUUUGUUGCUGGAUGGCUUCAGACAAAUGAUAUGAGAAGAGAAAGCUGGCUAACAAGUGGUAUCACUACCAAUGCUGGAAUCAGAUGGUUAGGAGAUGGCACUGGAGGUGCUUUGGAAAAAUGGAUACCAAACAUAGGGCCAUCUCGUAAUGCUGAAGGCUUUAGAGUUGUCUACAAUUAUACUGGAACUGAAUAUCUCUGGGCUACAUCCCAGGGCAGUGUAGCAUUUUCAUUUAUAUGUGAAAUCAGUGUUAAUGAAGUUUACAGAAUUCUUCAGCAAAAACGAGAUUUUGAUUAUGGACUGAACAUAGAUAAUCCUGGACUUGCACCUAAAGGACCAUCGUUCAUUUUUCAACCACAAGAUACAGUUGUUUUACAAAAAAAGAUUUCAUCUAUAACUCUGGACUGUAUGGCACAAGGCAACCCACAGCCAACUUAUGACUGGAUGAAACUUGACAGAGAAAAUAAAAUGAUCCCUUUAACACCUGGUAAUAGAUAUUCUUUUACCACUGGUUAUUUGGAGAUCACUGAACCUACAGUCAUCGAUGAAGCCACUUAUCAGUGUAAAGCCAAAAAUGAAUAUGGUCUUAUUAUAAGCUCUUCUGCCACUCUUUCUUUUGGUGAAUUAGGUGAAUUUUCCAAUGUGAAUCCAGCUCCUGUUAAUGGUAUUGAAUAUGAUGGAGCUCAGUUAGAGUGUCCCUAUAUUAUUGGAAGGCCAGCUAAGAAUUAUCAAUGGUACAAGAAUGACUACACAAGUUUUGUCAGACCAGAGUUUCAGAUCCAUACUUUUAUAUCUGCCAAUGGAAAGCUGUAUUUUUCUGAAUUAGCUCCAUCAGAUGUUGGAGAAUAUUAUUGUUUAGUAGAACUAGCAAGUUUAAGUAAAUCUAAUAGUAUUGUAGCAUCCCAGGUAGAAAGCAGGACAAGUCUUCCUUUCAGGCUAAACGUUGUUUCUGGGGCUGGUAGUCAAUUUCAGCCCAAAAUUCAGAAUGAUUUUAUUUUCAUCUUUCCACCAACACCCACCAAAGGUGACACAGUGCGACUAGAAUGCUUUGCUUAUGGAACAGGACCUCUUGUUUAUUCUUGGUCCCGAGAGGGCGGGAAAUCUCUUCCCAAUAACAGCACAUUGAAAUUUAACAAUCGUAUCCUUAUACUUCAGGACGUUGAACUUGUUGAUGGGGGAAAAUACACUUGCAAAGUUCACAGCCAGAAGACAAAUCUAGAUGACUCUAGAACCAUUGAGCUAACCAUUCAGGCUAAACCUUACUUCACCUAUCCUCUUACUCACCAACAUGUGGAUGUAGGCAGUCAGUUGACCUGGCACUGUGAGGCUGAUGGGAGGCCCACACCUACUUACCAGUGGUACAAAAAUGGGGAAAUACUCAAGAGCUCUGAGGGUGUACUUGUAGAUGUAAACACACUGACAAUAACUGCUGUUGAUGGCAAGAGAGACAAUGGGAUGUAUCAGUGUGCUGCCACUAAUAGAUAUGGCACAACGUUUACAUCAGCUCAGCUUCGUGUCUUGGAACUUGCUCCAUCUUUUGAGAAAAACCCUAUGUCCAAAAUUCAGGCUGGUUCUAUUGGUGGUAAUGUUACCAUAAUAUGUGACCCUAUUGCUGCCCCCUUUCCAACAUACACUUGGCUGAAAGAUGGAAGUAACUUAAACUUAGUGCCUGGAGCACCAGGUGAUCACUAUCGUGUACUUAUGAAUGGAAAUUUGUUGAUACAAGGCAUUCAGCAGAGUGACAAAGGCAAAUACACCUGCCAAGUGGAGAAUAAAUUUGGUAAAACUGAAGACCACACAUCUCUGGAAGUGUAUACCAAUACUGUCUUGUCUCGGACUCCAAGUGAUCAAAAAGUUAUGGUCAAUGGGACUGUUGAGUUACAGUGCCAGGCUUCUCAUGCCUCAGACAUUGACAUGGUUUACAUCUGGAAAUUCAAUGAUCAUGUCAUUGAUUAUAUUAUAGAACCAGAAUAUAGGCUGGGUGAAGGUAUUCAGAAAGGAUCACUGUAUAUAUUACCUGCCCAUUUUGAUAAUGAAGGCAUGUACACAUGCUUGCCCACAACUGGAAUGAAUCAGAUGUCUGCCUCUGCAUUUGUUACUGUUUACGGUCCUCCUGGUGAGCCAGCAGGUGUCUAUACACCAUUGAGAACUGUCAUCAAGAGCGAUGACUCUGCACUGAUCAACCCAAAUACUUCACGUUACAUUAUUUGGACUGAUGGCGAUUCCCGUGGUAGCAUUAUAACUGAUUACUAUGUGGAAUUCAGAACAAAUUUUGACAUGAGAUGGAGAACCCAUCCUGAUGGCAACAAAAUUCCCCAGGCUAUCACUAUAAAUGAUAUGUAUCCUGACAAACGCUUUGCUCGACUAACAAAUCUUAAAGCAGGGGCAAGUAUUCAGUUUAGAGUUAAAGCUGUCAACAUUCAUGGUAUUGGCGCGCCAAGUUUACCUACAGCUGAGAUCUACAUUCCUGGUUCUCAGCCAAGCCAGCUUGUGACAAAUGUACGAGGUGGAGGUGGCAGUGUUGGGGACCUGACAGUACUAUGGGAUCCUCUCCCUAAAGAAGACCACAAUGGAGAAAAUCUGAAGUAUAAAGUUUCAUGGAGGACACUGCAAGCUGGGGGUCAAUCAGAUACAUCCAAAUGGAGAACUAUUAUUGUUGCUCAUGAUUCUGCAUGUAGGAACCUGCCUGAUUUUAAAACUGGUUUGGUGUAUGUCUGUAAAUAUGUCGAGCAAGUAGGUCAGCAGAUGUUUUACACUCCCUACCAAGUCACAAUACAAGCUAUAAAUGACUAUGGCGAAGGACCAAUUACACCAGAAGCAGUUGUCAUGUCAGCUGAAGAAAUGCCUAUUGGUGCCCCUGAAAGUGUCAAGGCCAAACCUUAUAACGGCACAGCAUUAAUGGUGACAUGGAAACCAGUGCCGAAUACUAGAGAAAGUGUUAGAGGAAAAAUCAAAGGAUACAAGAUCAAUUAUUGGAAUAAGACCAAUGAAGUUGAAGCAGAUGCCAGACAAAACAUAAUUGAGUUAAAACCAGGGCAAACCAAUCUAGAUAGAGGCCUGAUCAUUGGCUUAGAGCCAACCAUCUGGUACAAUUUCAAUGUCCAAGUGUAUUCCUCGGCUGGUAAUGGACCUAAGAGCUCAACCUAUGACCAGCAAACAUGGAACAGAAUGGCCAGUCAGUACCCAACAGAAGUCUAUGUCUAUUCUAUAGAAGGCUUUGGUGUGCGUGUCAAUUUCAGAGGAAUAAGUACACAGAAGAGAGAAGAACCAUUGUUAGGCUAUAAGGUUCAAGUAUGGAAAGCAUAUGAAAAUCUUCACAGUGCUAGAGAAGUUGACUUUGGUAUGUUGAGCACUGGAGUCAUUCGUAACCUGAGCUCCAGUGAGUUAUAUCAGCUUAGGAUAUUUGCCUACAGUCGAGCUGGUCAAGGAAAAAGAAGUUCUCCCUCAGUUUAUUUCACAGUAGGAGAUGGCCAGAUUCAAAUUAAUGCAGAAACAACUGACAUUUUUGCUGGAGUCUCAAUUCUAAAGCCCUCUUUGAUCACAUUGUUUAUCAUUUCAGUCACUUUUAUUCUUUUUAACUUAAACUUUUAAAUAACAAGUUUUAUUUCAUAGAAAUUAUUUUUCUGUUUUAAACUUCCAAAUUUUUAUGCCAAAUUCAAUAAUGAAUAUCUAGUUAUUUCUUUGUUCAAUAUUUUAGUAAUUUUUGUUUGAACCAUGUAGAGCUUCUAGAAGCUGAACAUCAAUGUUUUGUUACAUCUUGCCGGACAGAAUUUUGAAUGUUUUGAACACAAGGCUGCUUCAAUGAUCCAUACAUGAAAUGUGUUUAGAUUAUGAUGGUUUCUUAUAAAGUACAAGCACAACACACACAUCUGGUUUUGUAAUAAAAAAUUUCAAAGAUCUUGAUCCAACACACCAAUUGAACAAUUAUGUACAACACAUUUUAUAAGUAAAUUUCUUAGGUUAUGUUUUUUGUACUUGCAAUUAUUUUUUUUGAGUGUCACUGAUAAAUGAUAACAUCAAAAUUGGUCAAAACUUUGUAACAAUAUAGAUAUGGACAUGAAC